UAGAUGGAGGGUGUUUUUAUUGGGGAAUUUAUGGCUUUUGUGUAUUAGUUACAGCAAACCCAAGAAACAAGAGCAAGAGAGAGAAAGAGAAAACAAAAAGUAGAGAGAGAGAGAGUUAUAGGGAAGAAGGAGACAUGUCCAAGUUCAUCCCAACAGCUCUGUAGCUUGCUUCUUCACAGCGUAUCAGAUUCCAAAGAAAAUUCCUGCGUCUGGAUGUAAGCACCAACGUGGAAGAUCGACCAGCACUUCAUCUCAUUACAAAGAAUUUAGGGUUUCAACUUUGAAGUUCUUGGUCAGGAUUCAUCCCCAAGUCAAUCAAUUAGUCAAUCUCAAGAAAAUCUAUAUUGUUUGGGAGGGAUCAAAUCUAGAGAUCAAUGAUAUCAUCAGAUUCUGUGGACCACUAAGGGGGCUAUCUCAAAACAAAUUCUUGUCUUGUGCUAUUGCGGUACUCUGUUGGUGAAGAUGCAAUCUCCUCUGAGGGUGCUGAAGAUCAAAUGAAGCCAGUAUUCUUGUUAAGCAAUCCAGAUUUUUCUCACAAUCUUUCACAAGUUGGUUGCAGCCAUUCAAUGGCUGGUGUUCCGUACCCCUAUGUUGAUCCUUACUUUGGCGGGCUAUUGACUUCAUAUGGACCACAAGCUCUUAUGGUGGGAAUAGCUCCUGCACGAGUUCCAUUGCCUUUGGAUCUUGCGGAUGAUGGACCCAUCUAUGUCAAUGCAAAACAAUACCAUGGAAUCCUCAGAAGGCGACAGUCACGGGCAAAGCAAGAGGCUCAAAACAAACUCAUAAAACAUCGCAAGCCAUAUCUUCACGAGUCCCGGCAUCUUCACGCCUUGAAUAGGGUAAGGGGAUCUGGUGGACGCUUUCUCAGCAAAAAGCAGCUCCAAAACCAACUGCCGGAUCCAAGUCCCACUGCUGCCACCACAAUCACCGCCAACCCCAACCCCUUUUGCGCCCCGGACUCUGUGAAGAUGCAUCAGGUCAAGAAAGACGCGUUUGGACAUGAAAGUCAUCUCUCAAGUUUUAGCGGGUAUGUCACUACCGUUCCAACCCGUUCUGACACCACAACCAUUCCAGACAGCAGCAGUCGCCGUUUCCCAGGCACAGCUCCCCACAUGGGCGGAGCCAUGCAGUGCAAUGGGAUGCUGUUGCACGGCGGAACCCAGCACUGCGCUUCGGUUGUCCGGUGACAAACAUGGACCAUGUGUUGUCCAUGGUCAGGCAAAUCAUCCUUGGCUUUUUAUUACUCUACGUUCUAUCAUGUUGCUCCUAGACGUUUCUAAGUUGAAAUCUUGUUUGUGAAAUAUGCGUUUAGAGACGCCCCCAAAGCCUUUUGUUUUUGUAGAUCUGUAUGAAACGAAGCAGUCCCGCUUUAAAUUACUGAUUGGUGUUAAUGUAUUUUGUGGAUCAACUAGUAAUGAGUGUGGUACGGAUGUUAAGUUUGUUAAAAUGGUGUUAAAAAUUUUAUAUGUUUAUUUCUUAGUUA